UCAAACAGGCGCACCGUGUAGAGUUAGGUGCGAGGUGCGAGAUGCGAGGUAAAAUGCGAGUUCACUAUCCCCAUUUACCAGCCGACUCGUCGCAAAGAGGAGGAAUGAAAGUGUAUAAAUACAAACAUAAAGUCUACCCAAAGAAAAAAAAUCUACUAUACAAAUAUAACUUUUCAAGCGCUCCCUCAAUCCUCCUUCAUAUCAUUUACUUUCAAAUAUCUACGCCUUUUGUAGCCACACCGCUUAUGGCCUCAGGUGCCACGGCCAACUCUACUGCCAACUCUACUUUAGAUACGUCGAUCAAGGCCCCCAAAGCAAAUUACGUCGAGGUCUAUUUGUUUGAAAAGGAGGUGUGCAACGUAGAUUCAUACCUGCAAUACACAAUUGGCCCCGGGUCACCAGUUUGCAUUCCAGUACCCCUUCCUAGACGUGGAAUUAUUACAUUUCGGUUCUACCCACCCUCACUCUUACUCUCUGACUCUCUUAUUCUCUUGUUCCCUGAUUCAAAAUCGCUUGAUUUGGAUAGAGGUGAAUAGCCGAGCAGCUGGACUCGAUUCUCCUUCACGGCUGCCGAAGAGGGCAGAUCGUGUUGCAUCGUCGUCGCCUCCGACAUCUUUUCUCUUCGAGAACAUGCCUAUA